AGAAAAAUGGAGUGCGACCACUUGCUUUCGAAGCGAGCUUCCCGCAGUGCCAGAGCCAAUCACGACUAUCUUCGGUCGAGAAGAGAGAGAACGAAGAAGAUGGCAAUUGUAGACAGCAUUGCCAGUCUCUUUCUUCUCAUCAUGCUCAUUCUCAUCAUCGUCCUCGUCUUCUUUGCCUGUAAACCAUGGCGCUUCCUUUUCUCUUCCCGUUCUCGUUCCUCCAUCAAGGCUAAUGAACUUGAGAGGCCUCUUGUCUUGGAUGAUGCAAAUGUGGUGCAUAGCCCAAAUGGUGAGUUGCCAAUAGAUUAUGAUCUUGAGGGUGCAUCAAUCCCCAAUGAAGGUCAUUUUCGCCUGCCGCGACCCCCUGGACUCAUUUAUAAGCAAAGGCUUUCUGCUGCUUCUUGCAAUAUGCCUCAAGAUGUAAUUUCUGAUCCUUCAGAAGAUGUUGCUAUCGGUCAGACACUUAAACUUUCCCCAGCCCAGUUGGCGGAGUUUCAGAAACAUAACAGAAAUUUUGAAACUGACAAACUGCAAGACUUUGUACAGAGAGAUAUAUUGGAUCAAAGAAGUUGCCUUACUCUAGAGGUCAUCACUGGUCCUUCUUGUGGACUUCAUUGUUCUGUACAGUCAACAAUUCCCUCCAAGCUACCGCUGACCCUGGGAAGAGUUUCUCCAAGUGAUUUGUUAAUAAAGGAUUCAGAAGUGUCAGGAAAGCAUGCAUUAAUAAACUGGAAUUUAGAGAAAAUGAAAUGGGAGUUGGUAGAUAUGGGAAGCCUUAAUGGAACACUUUUGAAUUCUCAACCAAUCAGCCCUUUAGACCCUGGAAGCAGGCAAUGGAGUAAUCCAAUUGAGCUUACCAAUGGAGAUAUCAUAACACUAGGAAUGACUUCAAAAGUAAUUGUUCAUAUUACUUCUCAAAAUAAAAUUCACAUUCCCUUUGGAGUUGGUAUGGCAUCAGAUCCCAUGUCUAGGCGUCGAGGUGGGAAAAAGCUAGCCAUGGAAGAUGUUUGCUAUUAUCAAUGGCCUCUACCUGGAUUCAAUAAGUUCGGACUGUUUGGCAUUUGCGAUGGGCAUGGUGGAGAUGGAGCUGCCAGAACUGCUAGCAAACUUUUCCCUGAGAUAGUUGCAAAUAUAUUAUCAGAUUCACUAAAAAGAGAGAAAGUUGUAUCAUUCCGUAAUGCUUCGAAUGUUCUUAGAGAUGCAUUUUCUCAAACAGAAGCUUGCUUGAAUCACUAUUAUGAGGGAUGCACGGCAACAGUGCUUCUGGUUUGGGCUGAUGGUAAUGAAAAUUUCUUUGCGCAAUGUGCAAAUGUUGGAGACUCGGCCUGUGUUAUGAAUGUUGAUGGGGUAGAAAUUAAGAUGACGGAAGAUCAUAAGAUAGCAAGUUAUUCUGAAAGGCUACGAAUCGAAGAAACAGGCGAACCUCUGAGGGAUGGGGAAACACGUUUAUAUGGUAUAAAUCUUGCAAGGAUGCUUGGAGACAAAUUUCUUAAACAGCAGGAUUCUCGUUUUAGUUCAGAGCCUUACACAAGUCAAGUUGUGCACAUGAAUCAGGCUAGCAGGGCUUUUGCCAUACUGGCAAGUGAUGGGCUGUGGGAUGUUAUGAGCGGGAAGAAGGCAAUUCAGCUAGUGCUUCAGAUGAGGGAGAAAUACUCAACAGAUGAUGAUAAUUCAGCGGAAAAGAUUGCAAGUUUUUUGUUGAGUGAGGCUAGAACACUCGGAACAAAGGAUAACACCUCAGUAAUUUUCUUAGAUUUUGAUGCCUUCCCCAAAUUUUCUUGUAAAGAUGAGUGUUAGUAUAAAUUAGGAGUUUGUGUUUACAGGAAAUGGUAAUAUGUGUUGCUUUUCUCA